UACAUAACUCUGGUGUCUCUCCUUUCUGCAGCUCCAGGGUGGUUGAUGGAGUUAUGAUUCUCCCUGUACUGAUGGUGAUGGCGUUCCCAUCUCCGAGCUGGCAAGACGAUGAACGGAAGCUCAAGAUGGUGCCCUACGAGUGUGUGUGUGAAGGCAUCUCCUGUGGGAACGGGGACCGGUGCCAAGGCCAGCGCUGCUUUGCUUCCCUGAGCAUUAAUGACGGGGCCAAGGUCUACCAGAAGGGCUGCUUCCAGGUCUAUGAGCAACGGAAAAUGACCUGCAAAACACCCCCGUCCCCCAACCAGGCCGUGGAGUGCUGCCAGGGGCACCUGUGCAACAUGAACAUCACUGCCCAGCUGCCCUCCUCCAAAGGGCAAACCUUUCAAGGAGAAGCUGCAGGUUACAGCAUGGAAACACUAAUCAUCGUUAUCCUGGCCCCUGUGGUGGUGUUGAUAGUUUUUUCUGCAGUAGCUGUGCUGAUCAUACGGAGAAUACAGAAGAACCACAUGGAGAGGCUCAAUUCCAGGGAUGCAGAGUAUGGCACAAUCGAGGGCCUCAUUGCCUCCAACGUGGGGGACAGCACGCUGGCAGAUUUGUUGGACCAUUCCUGCACAUCUGGAAGUGGCUCUGGACUUCCCUUCUUGGUGCAGAGAACGGUGGCUCGCCAGAUCACACUUGUGGAGUGUGUGGGAAAGGGCCGUUACGGAGAAGUGUGGAGGGGGCAGUGGCAAGGAGAAAACGUUGCUGUGAAGAUCUUCUCUUCCAGGGAUGAAAAGUCCUGGUUCAGGGAAACUGAGCUGUACAACACUGUACUGCUGCGGCACGAGAAUAUUUUAGGUUUUAUUGCAUCCGACAUGACUUCCAGGAACUCGAGCACGCAGCUGUGGCUGAUCACACACUACCACGAGAUGGGCUCUCUGUACGACUACCUGCAGCUGACCACGCUGGACACGGUGAGCUGCCUGCGCAUCGUGCUGUCCAUCGCCAGCGGCCUGGCGCACCUGCACAUCGAGAUCUUCGGCACGCAGGGCAAGCCGGCCAUCUCCCACCGCGACCUCAAGAGCAAGAACAUCCUCGUCAAGAAGAACGGGCAGUGCUGCAUCGCCGACCUGGGCCUGGCAGUGAUGCAUUCCCAGAGCACGAACCAGCUGGACGUGGGCAACAACCCCCGCGUGGGCACCAAGCGCUACAUGGCCCCCGAGGUGCUGGACGAGUCCAUCCAGGCCGACUGCUUCGACUCCUACAAGCGCGUGGACAUCUGGGCCUUCGGGCUGGUGCUCUGGGAGGUGGCCAGGCGCAUGGUCAGCAACGGAAUCGUGGAAGACUACAAGCCACCCUUUUAUGACUUGGUUCCGAACGACCCCAGUUUUGAAGACAUGAGGAAAGUGGUCUGUGUGGAUCAGCAGAGGCCCAACAUUCCCAACAGAUGGUUCUCAGACCCGACGUUGACGUCUCUUGCCAAGCUGAUGAAGGAGUGCUGGUACCAGAACCCCUCGGCCAGACUGACAGCCCUGCGCAUCAAAAAGACUUUGACCAAAAUUGACAAUUCCUUAGACAAACUGAAAGCUGACUGUUGACCCUCUCCUGGCGGUGCUGUCCCGGCAGGAAGGCGCCUGGCUGC